AUGAAUUAAUUCUUAGACAUUGGAAAGCAGUCCUCCUCAUCAAAGGAGAAUACCACAACUAAAAAAAAGAAGAGUGGGGGAAUUUAUCUAAAUGAUGGUGGCUACGUGCUCUAAAAUUAACCAAGUGAAAUAUAAGAGGUGAGCUCAUAUCAGGAGGACGAUGACGCAUCCAACAUCAAGCACAGCAACUUGGAUUGA